UGCACUGAACUGUUACACUGGCUGUGUGAGUGAACCACCACUGUGCGGCUCCCUGUCCCACCAACUUCAGCGCCCUGUCUCCAGCCUCAGCAGCCAGCCACGGGGCUUCAGACACGGACACGUCAGGAGGCUUCAGAUGACUUUAUCUGGCAAAGAUAUGGGGACUCGUUAAAGAAGCAGUAUCGUCCUUCUGUGGCAGCACCCCCCUGAAGCUAAGGCGGACACCAUGAACUACGUGGGCCAGCUGGCAGGUCAGGUGCUGGUAACCGUCAAAGAACUCUACAAGGGCAUCAAUCAGGCCACACUAUCAGGCUGCAUUGAUGUUGUGGUCGUCCGCCAGAGAGAUGGCACCUACCAGUGCUCACCAUUCCACGUGCGCUUUGGCAAGCUUGGUGUACUGCGCUCCAAAGAGAAAGUUAUCGACAUUGAAGUGAAUGGAGAGCCGGUGGAGCUGCACAUGAAGCUUGGUGACAAUGGAGAGGCCUUUUUUGUUCAGGAAGCAGAGCAGCUGAACAUUGUCCCUGCCCACCUGGCCACCUCUCCAAUCCCCACCGAGAGUCACCUGUUCUGGAUCUCAGAGGUGGAGAACAAAGCGCUGGAGGACGACACAGCCGACCAGGAAGACCCGCCCGAUCCUCCCGCGCCAAGCACCAUGGCCACAAAAAAGAAGAAGAGGCGGAGAAAGAAGCACAAAGGCGAUCCUCGCAGGGAGGAGCUGACCCCGCCCAUGUCAGUCACUACUGGUAAUGCUAAUGCUGCUAACGUAUCUGCUGCUAUGACUGCUGCUAUGUCCAGCACUGGACAAAAUGAAGAGAUCUUUGAGAUGGAUCUGAGCUCGGAUGAGGAAGCUGCAGUGCGUAUCUCAAGGUCCCCAUCAGUGACCACAAUGAGAGAUAUUGACCCCAAAUUACCCGCAGCAAGACACAACCUUGAUGGUUAUCCGCUAUCUGAUGGGGACUGGCCAGCAGAUGACAGCCAUGGCUUGUCCCAGGCCUUCUCCCCAAAGAGUGACUCUGAACUGGUGGUCAGGCCCUCAGAAAGUAUGCUUAGAGCUGAGUCCCACAUGCAGUGGACCUGGGGAGAGUUUCCAGAAACAGCCAGGGUCCCCAAAAAAGAGAAACCAGAACUACUAAAAACAGUGACCAUCAUGCCAUCAGAGAGCACCCACUUCCGAGUCAUCCUCAGUUCAGAGGCCAUGGAAAACGACACAGAGACUGAAAAAGAAGUUACCACCUCCCCCUCAGUGUGUAUGAUUGUCAAGCCCGAGCCCCGCACCCCUAUCACCACUGUAACAUCCGAUAGUCUCCUCUCACCUGGCAGCACCAUUACCUCUGUGAGCCCUAUAACCCCAGCAGAUCCUCUGGAUGUCCCGCCAUCCCUUACAUCCACCCCAUCUGGCUCACAGACUGAUUCACCCUCAAAGAAGAAAGGUGUCCCAAAAAGGAGUCAGCACCAGGGGCCUGAGGAUAUCUACCUAGAUGACCUGAAUGUACUCGAACCUGAUGUUGCUGCAAGAUAUUUUCCUAAGAGUGAGGCUGAGGCGGCCGCUAAGCACUGGAUGGACUCAGAGAUCCACUCCGGUUCACAGUCUCCACAGUCAGUGGGCAGCGCAGCAGCUGACAGCGGGACAGAGUGUCUUUCUGAUUCAGCAAGUGACCUCCCUGACGUCACUCUUUCUCUGUGCGGAGGCCUGACAGAGAAUGCUGAGAUAUCCAAAGAAAGGUUCAUGGAGCAUAUCAUCACCUAUCAUGAAUUUGCUGAGAAUCCUGCGAUCAUAGAUAACCCCAACCUGGUUGUAAAGAUAGGAAAUAGGUAUUAUAACUGGACUCUAGCUGCACCCUUGAUUCUUAGUCUACAAGCAUUUCAGAAGAAUUUACCAAAGGCUACAGAGGAGGCCUGGGUGAAGGAGAAAAUGCCAAAGAAGUCAGGUCGCUGGUGGUUCUGGCGAAAAAGGGCGGAUAGUACAAUCAAGCAGUCGGAAGCCAAGCUUGAAGCAAAGGAGGAGUCUCAACUGGAGGAGGAAGGAGCCUCACUAUCUCUGGAGAAACUGCCAAUGCCAUCUAAAGCAGGAGACUCGUCCAGUGAUGAAGAGGGUAAGGAGGUGAGUGCUGCUUCCUGUCAGGACCGACUGCAGCCUGUUGAUGUUCAGCACCACCCUAGCCCACACACUUACAGGAAGUCACUACGCCUCUCCUCCGAUCAGAUAGCCAGUCUGAAACUGAAAGAGGGACCCAACGACGUGACGUUCAGCAUCACCACCCAGUACCAGGGGACGUGCCGCUGCGAGGGCACCAUCUACCUGUGGAACUGGGACGACAAAGUCAUUAUCUCUGACAUUGACGGCACCAUUACAAAGUCAGAUGUGUUUGGACAAAUUCUGCCACAGUUGGGGAAGGACUGGACCCACCAGGGCAUUGCCAAGCUCUACCACUCAGUAGCUGAGAAUGGCUACAAGUUCCUGUACUGCUCAGCCCGUGCUAUUGGCAUGGCAGACAUGACAAGAGGUUAUCUGCAGUGGGUGAACGAUGGAGGCACUAUUCUACCCAGGGGACCUCUCAUGCUGUCCCCCAGCAGUCUCUUCUCUGCCUUUCACAGGGAGGUCAUUGAGAAGAAACCUGAGAUCUUCAAGAUUGAAUGCCUUACAGAUAUAAAGAACCUGUUCCAGCAUAACAAGCAGCCAUUCUACGCCGCCUUUGGGAAUAGAACUAAUGAUGUGUUUGCCUAUAAGGAGGUCGGAGUUCCAGUGUGCCGGAUCUUCACUGUCAACCCCAAGGGAGAGCUGAUCCAGGAGCAGACCAAGGGGAACAAGUCCUCUUACGGCAGGCUGAGUGAACUGGUGGAGCAUGUGUUCCCUCUGUUGAGCAAAGAGCAGAACGAAGCCUUUGUCAUGCCAGAGUACAGCUCGUUCUGUUACUGGAGACAGCCCAUACCAGCCAUCAACCCUGAUGAACUGCUCUGAUCCAACUUGUAUGGAUACCAAGGUAUUCAUAUCACUGCAGUGGGACUCUUGCACUUGAAUGCAUCGUUAGCAAAUACGUGGACUUUCCAAUAUAGUUCUCAGACACGCACAUACCUGACUCUGUAAUAAGUGUCACGUAGUAACAGGGUUAUGACCAUAAAUAACAAACAGCCUCUAAACUGUAAUUACAUCUUAGAGAUGAGUGGUAGUCAUUUCCAGAACAGUACAUCCUUGAAGUUUCUCAUCCCUGAAAGACCUAAUCACUAAAUAGAUGAUCACCUCUCCUCAUGCCUGUGAAGACAUCCUAACCCAGUGAGCGCUCUUUAGUCCCCUUCACAUAACAAGGAUUAGAUCUCUGAACCCUCUAGCGAACAGGAUUGUCUGUAUCAGAGAUAUGGGGAAGUGACUGAAGCCCCACAAGAGGUCUUAGCCCCGAGCACUAGAGACUGAGCUGUGCAGGGAAACAACAUUGUUUUCUUUAAUCAACGUUUUUCAAAUCUUCUAAAUGCCUUGAAGAAUUGCUCUGAAAAGUACGAAGCAGAAUAAACACAGGGAAGGCGAUUAACACUGACCACAAUUCAAGCUUCAGCAUUAUUUAGCAGUAGCUGGAUUAUUUUGCUGAGAUGCAAGUAUCAAGAGUUAAUUUAGAGGCUUUAGUCUGUUCUAAAACUUAAAAUAAAAAUAUAAUAAUGGCUAGAAAAAAAAAGCUGCACAUCUACACCUAGAUCUGCUGUGGAAUAAGGGGCAAAACUGCUCGAGGUUUGAAGUUAAGUUCCUGACUCUGUCCGGCCUGUUGGCAGAACAGAUUUCAGAUCAUCACUUUUUCCCUCUGGGAGCUUUUGACGUUGGUACUGGAUGAGUCAUGUUCAGUAUUGUUAAUAUUCAAGGUCACACCAGGGAUAAACUUUUGCCAACAAGUAUGUGAAGAUCCACGCUUAGAUGUGACUUUAAAACACAAAAUGAAGCAGCUUCAUGGUGUAUUGUCUUGCUGUUAUUUUUAAUGUUUGUUCUGUUUUACAAGCUCUGGCAAAUCAAGUGUUUUGUUAACAAUGCAGUCAUUAUUUAUGAUAAUUGAUGUGUUUAAGUUAUUGAUUUCUAUCGUGAUGCCUUUGCUUGUCUGAAAAAAAACUAAUUUAUCACCGAUGCAAUGUUGAAAUACUUCAAAAUUUGUAUUUUGUGUGACUGGUCACAGGCUACCAUGCACUUAACAGUACCUACUUGGCCUUGUACGAUCUUUUUUUGUUUGUUUAUUUUUUUUUUAAUCUUGUAUCCCAUCUUCACAUUGAUCUGUAUUGAUUUGUUUAGCAGAGAAGCUUUCAACAUGUAAAGUACAUUGACAUUCCUUAGGAAACCUCAGAAUCUGCAGCUUUAGUAUUAAAAAGUGUGUAAAUGUAAAUUAUGAUGCUUGAGCAGUAGAAACAAGCAGAAGUGGAAAGAGAUGAAAUGAAGGAUUUUGGCUUGCGAGGACUCCUAUGAGAGGACUUCUGGGUGACGUAUAUGUGUGUAUAUGCGUGUGUGCGUGCAUACCGAAUCACUGAGUGCUGCUGUUAGGGUGACAGAAUCACUCACCCUUCGCUUAUGUUCCCUCAGUGGCUUUAUGGAGAUUUAUCCAACGCACUUUUGUCUAAGCUGCACCCAGAGACACUGCUCAGAGCACCGCUCACCCACAUGCACUUCUCCGAAGGUCUUCUUCGAUUAUAGACCAGAGUAUGCAAUUAAAGCAGGAUGGAGAGUUCUAGACUUACCUCUUUGUUGUGUGUGACAUCAUGGGCAAAAAUGUUCUGAAUAUGUCAAAAAAAAGUUAUUAUUUAAAGGGUGUUUGGAGGUCGUGAGGGGAAGCUGGAAGGACAUAAAACAAGAUAGUGUGUAUAUUGGAUACAGACAGAGCUAGCCCUAAGCAUGUGUGUGUGUGUGUGUGUAUAUAUGUUUGUGUGUGUGAGAGAGCGAUAAAAGACUGAUCCCGUGCCUCUGGUGACCGGAGGAAGAGCCAAAUGGGUUUUUGUUUUGGGAUAAACAGGAAAUACUUGACUGUAUACAGGAAGCUUUUUGAAGCGCUUCAGUGGCAUUAUGUGUGUGUGUAAUAGGAAGAGACUCGUGGGCAGAUGUGCCACUCCACUUACAUGGAUCAUACAUCCUGCACGUGUUAACAGCAGCACGCUAAUAUGUGCUAGAGAGGAUUCAAGGUGAUAUGACGUUUGAGUAAGACAAAACUAGUUCAUGACAAACAAAGCACAAUGUACCCAGAUUUGUCUCUAUUAGUCGUGAUUUUUUUUUCACUCUGUAACUCAGAAGUUUCCGUGACGAUAACGAUACGUGUUCAGCUUUGAUUGGUUUGCUUGUUCUCUUCAACGUUUGGUGAAGUCAAAUAGAUAUAUCUUAUGAUUUAACAAAAGGAAUUCCAUUCUUUCUAUGAAAGUAAAAGCAUCUUGUGUGAAAGAAUCACACUUCAUCCUCUAUGAUCCUGGGAUACGUGGUAUAUAAUAUUGUUUGUUCGCACUUGAUUGCUGUGUAAAAUGAUCCAGUGUAAGCGCUGAUCAUCACAUUCUUCUGUUUUUCGAUGCCUUUUGUUUUAUUAUUUUUUACAAAGUGUAUGAUCUUUUGUGGAACUGUGUUUCUUUCUGUUUAGAGGUUAUGCUUGCUCUUUGAUUGUGUCUGACCAACAGAAAUACCUUAUGUGUAUGCUGUGUUUGAUUUGUAUAGAAAUGUGGUUUAAGUAUGUUUCAAGAACAAAACAUAUUGUAAGAAGAAAAAAAUAUAUUGGCCUAAUGAAGCUAACAAAGUGUGGCUUGUGGUCAUAUUUGUAUUAAAUAAAGUUUCUAACUGAA